UUCAGGGGUCCUUUGAAUGCAUGUGGCGCGAUAUGAGAAACACUGGGAAAUAGUUUGACAGCAGGAGAGCCGGAGAGAUUAUUAUCUUCAUUUGGCUCUCCAUGUAUCCAAACAUGUUUUCUGCAGAGCAAAGUUGUUGGUUUGUCCGCAAGGUGAUUUGCUGGAGAGCUGUGGCGAGUAUUGCUUGGGCUGUCCUGUUGUUGCCAUCCAUCACAGCAGUUUUUGUAAUCCUCAGCAGGUUCAGUCUCCUCCACCCAAUCCAGACGGUAUCAGAAUGCCUGUCCUUCUUAACGAGUGCAAGUGCCAUCUUCUCCUUCAUCCUGCUGUGUGGAGUGAUCAUCAUGGUGGGGUUCUUGAACCUGGAGUAUUACACAGUCGUCCCAACUAUUGCAUGUUCGAAAAUUGCCCUGUUGGGUCAGCUGCUCCACCCUCGUCAGUUUGUCAACUCCCUGGCCCACUGCAUCAUGGGAAUAAUCGUGGCUUGGUGUUGUGCCAUCACCAUCGGGGGCAGAUUUGAGACGAUCGGUUACCCCUGCACACAGGGUGAUGGCACAGACAGUUCCCCUCAGAUGUGUCUGAAUGAGUAUCACCUCAUCCUUCUGCUGGCUGGAGCCUUUGUUGGAUUAUCUCACAGUCUGCUUGGUGUGAUCUACAACAUGAACUACGUCUCUUUUCACACUGUUCAGCAAUACAAAUACCUUCGCUUUAAGGGAUCCCUACCUUUAUUGGUGAAGUGCAGCGCCACUCAAGCACUUUACUCUGUCAGGAACUACAUUGUUGUGUAUUUGUUUUUGGGGUACGUUCCAAAAGCAUGGAUUUGUAAAACCCUGAACCUUCAUUUGAACAGCUCAGUUCACCCUCUUGACAGUAUCGCUGGACUGCUCGACCUAAACCUGCUCUACCAACUGUGGAUCAGUGCCAGCUUCCUCCUCCUCACGUGGCACAUCACACUGCUGCUCUUUAGGAUCUUUGUCACUGAGGUGUACAGUUUCCCGGUGCAGUCCUCUUUUACUGAGGAUGCGCACCAGUGUCUUCCUAAAGUUCUUACGGACAAGCAGCCGAUGAUAUUGAAGUUUCUAGCUCUGCAGGACUUGGCUCUGCUGUCUCAACACUCCCCAUCGAGACGCUGUGAAGUCUUCAGUCUGAGUCAGCCAGGAGGCCAUCCUCACAACUGGAAUGCCAUGAGUAAGGAGUGUCUGUCUCUGCUGGCCGAUCUGACCCAGAGACUCAUAACUUAUCAUGACACUGUAGCAACCAAUGGCAGGGCCAAGUCCCUGUCUACCGGGAGUGAAAGGAAGACCUCGUCUGAGACGUCGGAUGACCCGAUGAGCCCGAGGCCCACUUUACUGAUGAGAACUCCAGCUUCUGUAUUCGCACGCUCCAUUGUUGGCAGCCCACAGAGCCCUCUGACGGCACCAUUCACUCCUGACCUGGGCAGCCCUUUUGCUUCUCCCGCCCUGCGGCGUCUUACUGCUCCUGCGGACCCAUGCUCGCCGUGGUUCGGCACAGUGCAGAGUCCACACAUCAUGAGGAGAGCCCCAAAACUCUGGUCCACCUCCACAGAUUCCCAGGGGAACGGCAGUCCCCUGGCAUCACCUGCCUCAGUUCCCAGUCCCAAGCAGGAAGCGUCCAAACCGAGUCUCCUGGCUCAGUUCCUCCAAAACAGAAAAGAUCAGGUUAAACAUUUCUUGGCAAAGCGAGUGCUGAUAAUGUAUUUGUUUAACAAGCUUCCAGAAGCCUCCAGUCAAGCUCUGUUUGCAGACAGCCAGGCUCACAUCUGGGCUUUAGAAGGGCUGUCAUACCUUGUUCAAGCCUCCUUCUCAGAAGACCAGUUUGGAGUCGUACAGACUGCAUUACCCAGCAUUCUCAGUUCCAUGCUGGUCUUACAAGAGGCGGUAGAUCGGCACUUCAAGCUGCCGCAUGCCUCCAGUAAGCCCGUCAGGUCGGCCAGCAGCAUGGGAGACUCUACUCACAAAACACUGCGCUUUGCUCUCAGGGCCACUCUGAAGACUGCCAUCUACAGGAUAACAACUACUUUUGGAAAUCACUUAAAUGCUGUUCAGAUGUCUGCAGAGCACCGGAAAAGAUUGCAGCAGUUUCUGGAGAACAAGGAAUAACACACCUGACUCUUGUGCCUUCAGAUUCUUAUCAGCGUGUGUGUGUGUGUGUGUGUGUGUGUGUGUGUGUGUGUGUGUGUGUGUACACGUGUGUGUGCAUUAGCAUAAGUCCAAGGCCAAAUGUGAAAGCCCAUGAUUGUGCCUCUUUUUUUAAUAUUUAUGUCUGCGAGAUGUCAUGGCGGAAUGUAUUUGCUCACAUCCUCCAUGCAUGAGGCGUGGGCUUCCUGCCCGACCUGACGGACAAACAACAGGAUAGAAGCCCAACUGUGACCUCCUGUGAUAUUUAAACUCGCUCACUGUAAAGAAGAAGACUGAUUCCAAAAGACUUGUUCAAUCUGUAUUACAAGAAAAUCAUAUCCAGUAAUCCUAUGUGGCUUCUGUUGAUUGGGAUAAGUUGCAAAAGGGCUUUGCGUUACAUUUGUACUAAAUUAUGCACUUGUUUUGUUUUGGUUUCACACUCAUGGAAUUACUAUAUCCUUCUGAUUUCAAAGCAUUUGGUGUGUGAGAGUGAGAGUGAGAAGAUAGUGUGGUAUGUCAGUGAUGAGACUGCGUUGUCAUUUUCACAGGUACCUGAAAUGUUUUUCUGGAAAUAUAUUUUUUCACAUCUGGUUUUGUUCUAAACACCAGCCCGGAGAACGAGUGAACUGUCAGCUGUGCAGUUCAGCUGCUCUAGAAAAUACAUCACGUUUACAGGUCAGAACAGUAACAUGUGAUAUAAGGAUGGAGAUUUGGUGUGACGGGUGGCGAGUGGGGAAUGUGUUUUGAUUUUCAUUGCCAACAUGUAUCGAGUUUAAAUUCCCACUCAGACCUGUUGAAUAAAAACAUUCUGUAAAGA